AUGGAGCAAAUUUCCUUCCUGCUAGUGCUAGCCUACGCUGUCGUCGCUCUAUACGCCGUGGCUGUUACUGUCUCUGAUCAGUCACCAGAUCCGACUCCCGAUGCCGGAGAUGCAUUCUCUUUGACAGUCUCCAGCGCCGUCAUUGGGACAUCUGUUUUGUUCUCACUUUUCGCUCUAAAUCCAAUGGCGCAAAUUAGUAUUGCAAAGUCCCUCCUGCUAGCUUAUGCUGUUGUUGCUAUCUCUGCAGCAGCUGUUACUGUUUCUGCUCAGGGGCCAGCCCCAUCUCCCGAUGCUGGAGAUGCACUCUCUUUGCCAGUCUCUGGUGCCAUCAUUGGGACAUCUCUUUUAUUCUCACUUUUCGCUAUUUUGAGGCAUUGA